AUGCAUAGACCAAUCAUAGAAAUAGAAUUGGAUCGUGCAGAUCCUAGUGAGCCCUUAACAAGUUUCGAUGUUGCCCGAGGAAAGGUGGUGAUAACCAGCAAUUACCCUCUUUCAUUCACUGCAAUUGAAUUGAAGUUCAAAGGAAUAACUAAGACCAAUACAAUGAGGCCCAUUACUAAUCUUUUUGAGUUCCAAAUCUUGGAUGAAGAGGAAGAAAUCCCUUACAAUAAUAUGUCAAAACCAAAUGGGUUUGUAAACAAGCAUACAAUGUUGCACCUUACACAAGACAUUGGUUAUGUUGAUGGAGAUGCAAGAAAAGGCCCAAUUAAAUUGAUAAAGGGGAGAAACGAGUUACCGUUCGAGUUUGUCAUACCUUUAUCUUACCAUUGUGGAGGAGAUACAUUUCUUCUGAAAGCGUGGCAUUCUGUAACUCGUGUUCAAAGUUAUGAAUUACCUCCCAUUUUCUACUUUUCCCAAGGAAUUACUCGUGCAAGUAUCGAGUAUACUGUGAAGGUAACUUGCCGUAACCGAAUUCUUCCCAACAUUCGAGUUGAAAAGCCCAUCCUAUACGUACCUAAUGAUUCUAGUGAACCCUUAGAAGGUGGUUCCAUUAUCAAAGGAUCAACUUCUUACUCGAAACUUUGUACUUUUGAUAUGAGUACCACUAGGAGUCUAUGUCAAUAUGUCAUUUCUAUUGUCAAGAAUAGUACAUUGACGAUUCAAUUGACGUUAGAAGCAAGAUUUAAAAAUAGCAACCCCAAAUUGUCCAUUGAUAGUCCAUUUUCUGGAGAGUUAUUCCUUGUUUACAAUAUACCUCCAGAAAUUAUGCAAGUCACUCAUGCAAACAAAUUGUACUUGCAGUCGUUCAAAGCGACGUUAACUUCCACCGUUAAAAUAAAAGGGGCAGAAGAACUUCCAGAAUACUAUUAUUUUACAACAACACUAGGACAAGUCCACUUAAAUAAUAUGGAAAUUGAUUUGAUAUCUGAAUCAGAUGAGAAUGCCUUGGAGCUUGCGUUCCUCUAUCCACAUAUCCAAGUUCCAAAAUCUGUUACUCCUAAUUUUAAGACAUGCCACAUUUCUCUCGAGCACAAACUCAAGUUGGAUCUAAAGUUUACAGUGUUUUCGAUGCCGCAUCCUCCUCAUCUAUUGGACAAGCUUAAACAGGAUAUCAAGCAUGUGGUGAUAGAAUGCUCCAAUUUUACAAUAGUAAAUCAACUGAGAAAAAACCUAGAAUAG